AUGAAUUAAACUCCAUAAAAAGCUAACAAUCAAGAAACGAUUGCAAUAAAUAAUAUUUUGAGUAGCCCUUAAUAUAUCUAGCAAAAUGUAUAAAUAGAUUAAUUAUAAAAUGAGAAGAACAUAACAAGAAAUUCCCAAGAAGAUAUUUAAUUUUAGGAAGGAAUCAUUUCAAAAAAAAUUUAAGAUGCUAAUAAUGAAAUAGAUAGAAAUACUUAAAACUAUCUUUAAACUCAUGAAGAGUAAGACCAAUAAUAGUAUUCUCAUUAAAAUUUAGGAUAAAAUAAGGAAAAGGAAGAGAGUGCCAGUAAAAAAAUGACUAAGAAUAAUUAUUAUAGGGUACUAAACUCUUAAACUUUUAGAUGGAUAAUUAUUGCUUCAACUCUAGCUGAAAUAGCUGCCUAUUUGAUGCACGACUAUUCAUACAGAAUAACAAAGUAAAGAAAGGAGUCAUUACAAAUUAAUGUUGUUGCAGAUUAUUUUGAGCUUAUUACAAAUAUCAUAUUUACAAUUGAAAUAAUUUUUAUAAUUUUCGCUUAUGGUGCCCACAGAAAGACAUUAAAUUAAAUUUUUACUACAUUAAAUGCCCUUUUAUUGACAGUUCUUAUAUCAAGUUGGAUAUCGUAUGCUACAGAUGAAAUUGAAGUAUUUAAUGUUUACAAACAUUUCAGAAUACUGACUAUUUUUCGACUCUUCCCUGUUCUAGCGAAGAAAGUCAAUGCCUUUUUUGGUAGCUUUAAGCACUUAGGAAAAACAUUUUUUCCUUUGAUUUGUGUCAUUAUUUUCUACUCUGUUAUUGGAAUAAGCUUUUUUAGAGGACAUAUAGAAAGCAGAUGUCGCUUAACAAAACAUCCUGAAGAAGGAGAAACGAUAUGGGAAAUUGACGAAUCUGUUCACUUGCCUUGUGGAGUUGCAUCUUGUCCUUCUCAAUCUUAUUGUGGAAAUCCUGCUGAAUAUGGAUUACCUGAAUACCACCAUGAAUUCGAUAAUGAACAUAUGUUAUGGGGCUAUGUUAAUUUCAAUGAUAUUUUUAAUGCACUUUUUAGUGUGUAUAACUUUCUUAUGAUAAAUGGUUGGGUUGCUACUACUAAUAUAUUUUGGAGAGCUCAAGACAAGACUGUUUCUGGAAUAUAUUUUGUUUCGCUAGUUUUAUUAUUAUCCCAAAUUUUUUCUAACAUUGUCUUAGCUACUCUUUAUGAAGGAUUCAUGGACAGUAAUACUAGCGGUAAAUAAAGCUCAAAGGAAGGAGGAGAAUCAACUCUAUAGAACGAUAAGGAAAGCAAAGCAUCACCGACUCAAAAAAAGUCUAUCUUUAAAAAAAAAUAAAAAAAUGCUUCUAAGUUUACUAAGCAUUCAAAUGACAGCGAAUAGGAAUAAGAAAAAAUGAGAAAAUAAGGUCUUAUGUUGAUAUCAUAGAUUUCUUGUGUUAGAGAUGAUUAAUUAAAAUACAAUAAAGGCUAUAAAUUAAGUUUAUUUCUUUAAUCUAUAUAUAAAUAUGCUAAACAGUUUAGAAAAUCAACUCUAUUUAGUUUUUUACAUUUUGUUAAUAUAAUAUCGAUAAUAGUAGUCCUCUGUAUUGACAAUAUUUAAAUAGAAGGAUAUGAAUAUGUUAAGUUGAACAAAGCUGAUUUUAUUGUCACAAUGAUAUUUUUUUCUUUUUCUUUUAUAGAGUUAAUCACUUAAGGAAAAAAGUACUUUGAGCAAAAACUCCUUCUACUAGAUGCCUUUAUUAUCUUAAUAACAUCUAUUUCAUAUAUCGUGGAGAGUAGUAAAGGCUAUGAUAUUUUCAAUCCAUAGGUUUAAACAUUUAUUUUUAUAAGAUGGAUAAAAAUGCUGCGUAUACUAAGACUAAUAAAUGAAUUCUCUAUAUUUGGAAGCUUAAAAAUCUUGUUACAUACUUAUUAUUAUACACUUGCCUCUUUGCCUGAGUUUCUUUUCUUGUGGGUCCUUCUUAUCGUUCUUUUUGUUCAAAUAGGUAGAGAGCUUUUGGCAGGAAUGGAUGGAGGAGAUGAACAUUUCGAUGAAGAAGAAACAAUUAUUAGAAUUAAUUAUAACACACUUCAUAAUAGUUUGAUAGCUGUUAUUAUGAUUUGCUAUAACGAAGAGUGGCAAUUAGUUAUGUACAAAUAUAGGAGAAUAGUUGGUUACAAAAGUAUUUUAUAUCACUUUCUUGCUAUGCUAAUCCUUUAAGUACUAUUUGUUAGGCUUUUCAUAGCUAUUUUUAUAAAUAUUUUUAUGAAGUGGCUGAGAGAAAAUGAAAUUGUAUUAUAUCACUCUCAAACAUUAGUUAUUAUAAAAAAACUCACAAAGCAAGCUACAAAUUUCUUUAAUUCGAAAAGAAAUUAAAUCUAACCUCAACAAUCAAACACUCUAAAAGAAAACAAUAAUAUUAAGCAGCAAGCAUCCAUUAAAAAUUCAGUAGAAGAAAUGUAAGAAUAUUAGUAAGAUGGAAUGAAAGGUUAUGAAAAGCAAUAAAAUUUGAAAAAUGAAACAAAAAUGUUGAAUUAAGAUAGCUAAAACUAGAAAAUGAAUGGAGCUAUUUAAAAUAGUCAGACUAAAAAAUAAAAUUAAAAUGGUAAUUUAAAUUUACCUAAAAUAAUUCAUACAACUUCGAUAGAAAAAAUAGAUGAAAUUUAAAUGAAAAAAUAAAAUCUUAAAAGAAAACAAUCACUUGAAAUGCUUAGAGAAAGUACUUAACCUUCAAUAAAUGUAAUAAUGAGUAGAAGCAAAUCAAAUGAAAAUUUGAUUGAUUAAAAGUAAUAGCAAAGCUCUAGAGAAACAUCUAGUAAGCACUAAAACUAGCUAAUAGCUUAUCGUAAGAUUAAUACACACUCGCAUGCAUCAACAGCUUUUAAUAUUGUGUUAAAUAACGAUUCUAGUGAAAAAGAUUAGAUAGCUGAACCAAUUAAUUAAGAAAAUAAAAACGAUUAAAAAUAAAAUAAUAUAUUUUUGUUAACUCCAUAAAGGUCAAUUUAUAACAGAAGUAAAUCAGGUGAAAAUGAAAAUAGAAAUAAUCAAGAUGAAUUUAAUAAAAUAGAGCAUGCUAAAUUUAAUAUCCAAAGCCAUAAUUCAUCAUAAAAAAGGACUCGUCAUAGCUAACUACCCAGCAUAUCAUUAUAAUCUCCAUUAAACAGCUCUACUGUAUUUCCUUUUAUAAAUUAAAAUUGUAUCAAUGAAAUCAUAAAACAAUCAAGCAGAGAAUAAUUCUAGUCAGACGCUGAAUCAUAUCCCUCAUAAUCUAAGUAUGAUAGAUUGUUGAUUAUGAGCUUAGAAAGUUUAAAAAGCUAAGAAAAUAAUGAUAAGCUGAGUUAGAAUGGAAAAUAGAAUUCUCAACAUCACUCAAAUCAAUAAUAACAGUAAAACGAAUUUAUCGAUAAACUAAAUAAUAAUAAUAAUGCUUAUAACAAAAAUCUUGGAAGUAAUAGCUUUAAAGAGCUUAAUAUGACCAGUGAAUAAAAUGAAAAUAGUCAUGACAUAAAUAAUGAUGAAGAAGAAGAAGAGAGAUCUUUGUUCAUAUUUAGUAAAGAAAAUAAAUUCAGAAAAAUCUGCAAAAAUAUUGUAAUGCACAACUACUUUGAUUACUUUAACUCUAUUUGCAUAGCUGCUCUUGCUUUUCUAUUUUGCGCUGACACUCCAUUUGUUGAUCCAAACAGCUCAGAGCAAGUAGUUAUAAUAGUUUUCCAUGCUAUUUUAACGGCCUUUUUUAUAAUUGAAAAUAUUAUGCAAAUAAUUGCAUAUGGUUUCAUUUUUUCACCUACUUCCUUCAUAUAAAGAAACUGGUUUUUUAAUUCUAUUGAUAUUAUCACAACAGUUGCCUCAUUCUUCUAUACAGUUGAUUUUUGGCCAAGAAGUGUAUAUGUAUUUAAAUUCAUCCUAAUCUUAAGAUUAACUGUGCUAUUCUCUUUCUUAUCCCAUUAAGUUAAAGAAGUUCACCAUGCAGGAAUGAUUUUGAUAAAGUGUCUCCCCAGAAUGCUAAGAUUAAUCAUUUUUGCAGCUAUAUUCUUACUGAUAAGCGGAGCUUUAACAACAAAAUUAUUGAAGGGAUCUAUGCAUCAUUGCUAUAUAGGAGAUGAAAGUGAUGGAGAAAAUAGUGAAAUACCAGAAAUUAUAACAAAAUUUGAUUGUUUAGAUUUAGGAGGUGAUUGGAUAGAUUCUUAAUAUAAUUUUAACAAUAUAAUAAACUCUCUUUAAAUUCUAUUUAUGGUUUAAUCUUCAGAAGGUUGGAUUCAUAUUAUGUUUAAUGUUUAUGACUCAACAUCUCCUGAGCUUAAUUCUCAUUAUCGCUAAAACAGUUUAUGGGCGAUAUUUUUCAUAUAAUUUUUCUUUAUUGCAAACAUCUGUAUCCUGAAUAUGUUUGUCGGUUUAGUCGUAGAAACUUAAUUAGAAAUGAUUGAAUCAGAACAUAAAACUAAAGAUUUACAUAAAUUCUAAAAAGAAUGGCUGUUUAUCAAGAAAUCUAUAUAUUAGUUGAAGCCAUCAGCAAAAGUAAAAAUACCUCAAGAUAAAGUUAGAAAGUUCUUAUUUGAUAAUUUAAUUUAAGGGAAUGCAUUAAAAAUAAUUUUUUAUACUUUCACUCUAGCUAACUGCAUAAACUUAAUGCUAUUCAGAAACAGAUAAACUCAAGAAGAAAUAGACAAACUAUAUUUAGUAAAUGAAGUUUGCUUAGUGGCUAUGAUUAUUGAAAUAUUUUGCAGGAUGGUUUGCUUAAAUUUAAAAUAUUUCACAGAACCUUGGAAUGUAAUUGAUUUAUCUAUUGUCAUAAUUGGGUGGAUAAACUUGAGAUUUUAAUAAACAAAUGAAUUUGAAAUUUUUGAUAGAGGAUUAAGAAUUUUUGAUGGAGUUGCUAAAGGACUAUAGCUAUUAAGAUUUUAUAGAAUUAUGAAACACUUUACAAUAAUUAAGAAAUUAUUUAAAUCAUUGCAAUAUGCCAUUUCUUCCAUUUUUGGAAUUUUUUAGGUUCUUAUUAUUUUCCUAUUUAUUUCAGUUCUGAUCAGUAUGAACUUAUUUCCUUACAUCAAAGAGUAAAAGAUUAUAAAUGGCUAUGAUGUGACCUUUAGGGAUUUCCCUAAUGCUCUAUUUACACUUAUCAGAGUUAUGACAAGUGAGUAUUGGUAUGUUGUUGCUUAAGAAGGAGCUAAAAAAAUGUAGCCUGAUUUUGUUUGUUUUGAAAAUAUUAUUCUAUAUGAAGAUUAUUAAAAAUAUGGAUAAAAUGCAUGCGGUAGUAGACUUUCUUAUAUAUUUUUCUAUGGGUUUUAUCUUGUUUUCACUCUUGUCAUCCUAAAUAUCUUUAUUGCAACCAUCAUAGAGUCUUAUAAGGAAGCAUUCAGUGCAGAUGAAAGUGCUGUAAAUCACUAUCAAUUAGAUGAUGUGUUAGAAUUGUGGAAACAGUAUGAUCCAGAAGGAAAAGGAUAUAUCAGCUAUAAAGAAUUUUGGCAAUUUUCAAGUUAAAUUGCAAUUAUCUAUGGUGUAAAAAGCGAAGAUCUGAUGGAUAUUUAAAAUAAAAAUGAGUUUCUAAAAACACUAAAUAUUCCUAUCUUUGAGGAUCCCAUAAAUAAGGUAUUUUGCUACAAAUUCCAUGAUGUUGUAAUAUCAAUCUCAAAGAUAUCUGUUCAAAUAAAAUAUGGAAUCACAACUCUUGAGCCAGAAAAUUCUAAUCUCAGAAAUUAAUUAGACUCUCUAAUUAAGAAGAAAAAGCUUUCAGGAGAUGAUAUGAUUAAGCCUACUUCAUUUACUAGUGCUGAUAUGGUUUUAAUAAUUGUAUUAACUAGAAAAGUUAAAUAAUGGAGACAAAAAGUACUGGGCAAGUAAGAAGAAUAUAUAUUAGACAUAAAGCAGUUAACUUAAAAAUUAAAAAGCCAAUUUAACAAAUCCUAAAACAUAAAUUUAGAGCAAGCAUAAAAAGAAGAAGAAAAUGAUAAAAAAUAAACAAAUUAAGAAAUUCAACAAUUAAAUUAACAACAAACUACUGAAUAACUUAAAAUUAAGGAUAUUUUAAAGGAAGAUAAACAAUAAGACACUGAAUAAUUUAUCCCAAUUACAGUAAAAAGUAAACUGCCUCCAAUUGAAAAGAAAAAGUUUAAUUCUAAAUAAUCAACUCUCAAUAAAGCAGAAAAAAAUGUCAAAUUUAUAGAAUGCUUAUAAACAAAACCUUAAGACACUGAAGAUGGUUUAGUUUUAUAAAAUAAUAACUAAGAUGAUUUUAAUUAUAAUAAUAUCGAAUAACCAAAUAAAAUUACAGAUCAAUAAUUUGAAAAAAAUAAAAGUUUACCUGUAAAAAUUAGCAAAUAAAACAGUAAUGCUAGUAAUAAUAUCUCAAACACUUAAAUAUAAUAAAAAAGUAGUUCAGAAUAAAACCAAAAUCAAAAUAUUUAAAGCCCUGAAAAUAAUAAUAACUGCUAAGAAAAUUAAGAAAAGCAAUUUAGAGAUGAAAAAUUAAAAUUCAGCAUUUUACCAAUUGAGUUUAAGGCUACCAGUGUAAUUUAAGAAUAGGAUAAUUAUCAAGAUGAUGAUUUUGGUUUAGAUGUCAAUUUCAAUCAAAACUUUAUUUUUGCUUUUGAUGAGUAAGAAGAAACUCAAAAUAUUUGA